AUGAGGCGACUUAUCCUUAAGCUGGGUGAUUACUCCAUCCUUGAUACAACAAUAAUUUCGGCGAUCCUGCACACUUCUUCUUCUCUUGCCCUUCCAGACCCUGAGUUUGGAGUAUCAUGCUGGCUUGACAUGUACCCGGACGAAAUGUACAAUCGGCAAGCGGCAUUCUCCUUCGCAAUUUUUCUGAAGCGUUCAGAUACGUCUGAUCUGCUAGUUGUACUGGUCGUUGUCACUGUGCAUGCAAUUUGGCGCGCUCACUGGAACUUUGUUUCCAAAGAAUGUGCCUUCCUAGCCGGUAUGAUAGCAGCGAGAGCUUCGAGUGUCAUGUUACAGAAUCUCCAUCAAUAUCAUUUGCGUUUUGCCAUGGCAAUUCGUCUCUUUCCACUCCUUUUCCUCAUCUCAUUUGUAGGUGCAUCAACUUACCAAAAAGACCAGCCCAUUGCUCUAUAUUACAACAAACUUUUCACCUACGGAACUCAUCUACCCAUCGCCUAUUCAUCCCCUUCAUUCCUUUGUCCCCCAAUACCCAGUCGAAAUGCUCUAUUUGAUUCUACCUGGCUAGCCAUGGAAAGAGAUCUCCGAGGCGAUCGCCCUGUACAAAGUGACCUAAAUAUUGUAGUUGGACAAGACAUGCAGUGUCAGACCGUUUGUUCCAAAGGAUGGUCAGUAGAAGACGCCAUGAAUGCAAAGCAAUUUAUCGAGAAUGAUUAUCAAGUCGAAUGGUGGUUAGAUGGUUUACCGGGAGCAACGGUUUCUUAUACCAACAAGGUCAGCACGCGUUCAUAUCGCGUCGGAUUUCCAUUAGGACAAGUUCUGAACGGCCAAACAUAUAUCAAUAACCACGUUGCAAUCCACGUUUUAUACACAACAGACGAUAAUGAUAACCAUGACAACGAAGUUACAGACAAAGACAACGACGAUGAUUAUGCUAAUAAUAGUCGUAUAUCGAUCAUAGGCUUUGAAGUCUACCCAGAUUCGGUACAAAACGGUGAUUGUAAUCAUCCAGCAGUAGACUACCCAAAACAACAAGUACUCGAACGUAAAUCAUCAAUUAGAUACACCUAUUCAGUAACAUGGAAACAGACUACCUUGACUGAUCAAUCAAGAUGGGACAAGUAUGUUUUGGAAACACCUCCAAAAAAGAAUCUUGUUGCAACAGUCAAUAGUGUAGUCGUGGCCUUAUUAUUAUUGGGUGUCAUUGCUGUCAUUCUAUUAAAAACAGCCAGCAAAGAUAGUUUUGACGAUGUUGAAUACAAGCUUCAUGAAGACUUUGAAGACAAUGUUGGAUGGCGUCUGAUCCACAGAGAUGUAUUCAGACGGCCAAUCUAUGCUGGGCUGUUGGCUCCCUUGGUUGGUUCAGGUAUCCAAUUGAUCACCGCGUCCUUUGUUACUGCCGGAUGUGUUAUGUUGGGUACCUGUCAUCCUGCUCAACCUGGUGCACUUCUUCUUCGAUUUAUGAUUGGACAAAUGCCUGGAUGUCUUUUGGCUGGCUUUGUUACUGGAAAGAUAUAUAGAAUGUUUAAAGGAAAGCCUUGGGUAUUGAAUGGGUGUUUGACAGCAUUUAUUGUGCCUGGAUUUGUGGUUGUAUGCCUUGUGCUUCAGACUAUGAUGGGAUGGACCCAACUCUCAUCAAUUGCGAUUCCGUUGCGUGGGUGGGUGAUACUGAUCAUGGUUUGGUGGGGGGUUAUGACCCCAAUGACUCUAAUGGGAGCAUAUGUGGGUCACCGAUCCAAAGUAAUUGAACACCCUGUCAGACCUUCAUCAAUUGCACGCAUCAUACCACAUAAACAAUGGUAUCAACGACCAAUGGCCAGUAUUGUAUUGGCUGGAGUAUUGCCAUUUGUUGUACUCUCAAUGACCUAUCAUGAAUGGUUGAAUUCUAUUUGGAGUGGGAAUGUCGUCUUUUCAAUGAACGAAGCCUUCUGGACAUUUUCUCUCUAUGCAACCACAGUAACUGAGAUCACUGUUGUUCUGGUGUUCUUCCAACUAUGCACAGAAGACUACAAUUGGUGGUGGAUGUCUUUUGCUUCUGGUGCAGCACCUUCACUAUGGAUGGCAGGAUAUGGACUUGUGCACUACUUGACCUUAACUAGUAAUCCAAGUGUGGUUGGUGGACUAGUGUAUGCUGUUCAUAUGUUGUUAGGCUGUAUUCUGGUUGGUGUAUCUAGUGGUGCACUCGGGUUCCUUAGUGCGUGUGUGAUGGUCCGAAGGAUUUAUUCAGCAGUCAAGGUUGAUUAGAAAUGUGUCUUUAAAUAUCCCCCGCGGAACUACAAGAGGUGUUCCGCGGUAUUAAACAAGGAAGAUAACCUUUUUUAUUAUAAAAAUAAAAAUAAUCAUUAAACACAUAUACAUAU